AUGUCUGUACCGGACGAGGUCAUCUCGUCUCUGAAACAACUUCUCGUCAACCUCGGAUCUCCGUCAUCUGAGGUGCGAGUACCCGCAGAAAAAACUCUACGUGAUGAGUGGUGUCGACCUCAGCAGGUAGGCAUGCUGCUGGUCGGUCUGGCCCAGCUGGCUGCUACUGAUUCCGACAAGACUGUACGUUCUUUUGCCGCUAUUCUGUUCCGUCGAAUGGCUCUUAAAUCGCCUGAGGACGUCAAGAACGUGGUCACCCGAACUGUCGACACUGUCCAACCCGAGGUGCGAAGCAUGUGCAGAAACAUUCUAUUGGGAGGCUUUACGCAAGAGACCGACAACUCCACUCGACACAAGCUGUGUGACGCGAUGGCGGAGCUCGUGGAGGACGAAAAUACCCAGGGCUCGUGGCCUCAGCUGGUCCAGACUCUGUUUGAGGGAACUCAGGCUCCCUCUGGAGGUAUUAGAGAAUCUUGCUUCCGUCUGAUCGCGACCGUGCCGACUGUUCUGAACGAGAACCAGGACAUCAAUGGUAUCAUCACGGUUUUCCAGCGAGGAUUCGCUGACAGCGACCAGUCUGUCCAGGUCACCGCUGUUGGAGCUUUCACAAAAUUCUUCGACCUCUUGCCCCAGCAAAAAUGGGAGCAGCUCAACCCCCUUCUACACUCGUUACUCAAUGUGUUGCCUCCUCUGGCUGUACCUGAUCAGGGGUUGGAACUUACACAAACUCUUGAGCACUUGAUGGAACUGGCGGGCCUUGCCCCUAAGAUGUUCCUGCCCGUGUUUCCCGAUCUUAUUUCUUUCUGUGUUUCCAUCAUCGAGAACGCCGAGAUGGAUCUCAGUGCCCGACUGUCAGCUUUGGAGCUGUUGACAACUUUUGUUGAUAAGGCUCCCCAGAUGUGCAAGAACCAGAGCAACUACACUCCUCAGCUCGUUACAUGCUGUCUCAAGCUCAUGACCGAAAUUGGUGAGGACGACGAUGAUGCGGCAGAAUGGAACAACGCUACCGACAUCAACGGUGAUGCUGAGGAGGAGGAAGCAGAUGUGCGAGCACGACAAUCUCUUGAUCGACUCGCUCUUAAGCUCCACGGAAAUGUCAUUCUCCCUCCCCUGUUUGAGUACGUUCCUCCAAUGACUUCCGGUACCUGGAAGGAGAAGCACGCAGCCCUGAUGGCUCUAUCCUCUGUUGCAGAGGGUUGUGUUGAUGUCAUGAUCAAGGAGCUUUCGCAGGUCUUGGACAUGGUGUUGGGCCUACUGAACGAUCCCCAUCCCCGAGUUCAGUGGGCUGUCUGUAACACACUGGGCCAGAUUUCUACAGACUUUGCACCCACCAUCCAGAACGAGUACCAUGCGCGAGUAGUUCCUGGGUUGAUCAGCAUUCUUCGGGGCAAGUUACCUCCUCGAGUCCAGACUCACGCCGCUGCAGCAAUGGUUAACUUCGCCGAGAAUGCCACAAAAGAGGUGUUGGAGCCUUACCUCGAUGAUCUGCUGAGCUCUCUCGUCACAUUGCUCAACAGGCCCCAACGGUACCUCCAGGACCAGGUGCUGACCACUAUUUCGACUAUCGCUGAGUCUUCGUCUGAGAAGUUCUCAAAAUACUACGAUGAGCUCAUGCCGCUGCUCCUCACUGUUCUGCGAACGCCUGCUACUGACGAAACACGAAAUGUAAAGGCUAAGUCUAUCGAGUGUUCUUCCCUCAUUGCUGUGGCAGUUGGAAAGACCCAGUUCAUCCCCUCCUCUAUGGAUCUCCUGAAAUGCUACGUGGACAUCCAGGGCGAGCUCGAUGAGACUAACAACGAAGACGACCCUUGCCAGUCCCACUUGGUUCUAGCAUGGAGCCGUAUCUGCAAAUUGCUUGGUCGUGACUUCAUGCCCUUUUUGGAUGUCGUAAUGCCUCCUCUCCUGAGAGCUGCUUCCGCUAAACCUGAUAUCAAUCUCAUCGAGGACGAAGGAGAGGUCGAUGCUGUGGCUCAGCAAGAAGGUUGGGAUGUUAUUACUCUCAAGGGAAAGCAUCUCAGUAUUCACACUGCUCCCCUAGACGACAAGGCACAGGCCAUUGAGCUCAUGGCUGGAUACGCCCAAACUCUCAAGGACUCGUUUGCUCCUUAUGUACACCAGAUCCUGAACGAGAUUCUGGCUCCUGGCAUUGUCUUUUUCGUUCAUGACGGUGUGCGUUACGCCUCUGCUUCUGCCAUCGGCCCAUGCCUGGAGGUGGCAAAGCAGGUCGCACCUGUAACCACUAACCACCAGAACAUGCUCGCGGAGCUCUUCAGCCCUCUCUUCUCUAAGCUCAUCGAGGCCAUGCAGGUGGAGCCCAUGGUUGAUGUUCUCGGCAACUUCUACACUGCAAUCUACCAAGCCGUGUCCAUUCUAGGACCCAACUCUAUGACACCUGGUCAGAUGACCUCCCUCUGCAAAAUCAUCUGCAAGAAUCUAGCUGAUUAUAUCGAGCGUGUCAACGAGCGCAAUGCCGAUGACAAUGACUACACCGAAGAGGACGAUGACGGAGAGGAGGAGGAGCACGACGAGUAUCUCAUUGCUGAAAUCAACAAGUGUCUGCAUGAGGUUUUCAGACUGAUGAAGGACCAGUUCAAGCCUUACUACGAGGCCGAGCUGGAACCUCUUGUCCAGCAGUUUCUUACUGGUGACGCUGACCAAAUUCAGUUCUCUAUUUGUGUGCUGUCAGAUGUAGCCGAGUUCUGUCCCGAAUCAGGCCCUUCUGUUCUGCAGACUAUCGCACCCUUCAUUCAGUCGGGCGACUCGAAUGUUCGACAGGCUGCGUUGUACUGCGUCGGCUGUGCUGCGAAGUCCACCAGGGACUCCUUGCAGAUGUUGGAGCCUCUGUUUGCUAUUGCAAACAGUCCUGACGCCCGCGUGGAUGAGAACAUCUACCCUACGGAGCAUGCCUGCUGCGCCAUUGCCAAGAUUCUCAAGCAUCAUGGAUCUGAGCUCGGUGGACAGUCCAAUGCGGCUUUGGACGCUUGGGUCAAGACACUACCCAUUCUUUGUGACGAAGAAGUUGCCCCCUUUGCAUACCGGUUCCUCGUGGAAUUAAUGCGGGCGAACCACAAGGCAAUCAAUGACAAUGCUGUGCAUGUGCUUGAUUCUGUUGCCCAGACAGUUUUCAACUCUGUGGUACAGGGCGAGACUGCACGAGUCUUGGUCGACGCUACUAAGACUUGGCUGCAAUCUCUGGGAGAGGACCAGGUUCAGCAAAUGGUUCAGCAGAUUGAGUCUGAACAGAUUCAGUAUGUUGUCAAAAGUUGGUUUGCAUAG